AUGGGUCCAGACAAGCCUUAUACCCAACCCCAUUCAAAAUCAUCAACACCCUUGGCAUCACCCAAUCAAUUGACAACAAAACAUAAGGAUCAGGUCCCAAAUAAACACAAACCAUCAGCAAAUGAACCCAUGAACAAAGACAACGAUUCACCACCCAUCAAACCCGCCCCCAGCCCUAAACAUAACAUUCUAUUGUUGGAUGAUGAAAAGGAUACCGAUUCAUCAUCUUCAAGCAGCAUCGAAAGGUUCAUGAAAAAACGAAACAUCGAAGUACCAAAAAUCGAACCCAAUGACGUCAAGAAUGAACAAAUUCCCAACCAUACAAAUAAUAAUCCAUAUCGAAUUAUUGAUAACGAGGCAACCGCCAACAUCCAAAAAACACUAAAAUCCAAGAGUCCGGAUCUCCCAAAUGUCGGAGUUUCAACUGCCCAUCCACCACCAUUUAAAUUCACCUUCAAUAGAAACAAAAAAAUAUACAGGAUCAAAUGGCACAACAUAUCAGAUCAAAUACGAAAAUAUAACAGUUCUUUUAUGUGCCAAAGAAACCUAACCCACAACAGGUCACAAACAUUUACAAGGGUACAUCGAAUUUUCAAACAAUCUGGAUGGCUUCCAAGGGAUAAAAUCCAUACCCCACAACAACAAAACACAUAUCGCAGUUGCAUUAGGUUCGAGGGAUCAAAAUCUUAUCUAUUUUAA